GCUGUCCUGGUCUCCACGCACUGCCCUGGGGACCCCAGGAAGUCGGGCUGUCUGUGCUGACGCUGCGUGUUGCUCUGGGACCAAGUCUGGGCCGCGGGGUCCAGGGAGCAGGACUGAGAACUGGAUACCUACCUGGUGCAUAUCAUCCUAUAAGGUGGGAUUACAUGUCCUAGUGUACUGCUUGGAAGGAUUCUGAAGUCAAAAGCUUUUCAGACUCUCAGACUUACUGUGGUACUGGAUUCCAGGGCCACACAGUUUUGAAGAAACAAGCUUACAGGGCCAAGCCUUUCCAAGUACAAUUUGCCUGAAACCCAUGGAACUUUUGACGUUCCACAGGCUGGCGACUGAGACCAAGGCAGCUGGGGAGUCCUGUUGGACUGCCCACCCUCCUUAAGUGCCCUGAAGAGUGUCUCUGGCCCACAUGGCCAAUGUGUUUGUGUAUGGAACCCUGAAGCGAGGCCAGCCCAACCAUAAUGUCCUGCUGGAUGGCACUAAUGGCUGCGCGACCUUCCAGGGCCGAGGCCACACGGUGGAGCCUUACCCCUUAGUGAUUGCUGGAGAACAUAACAUUCCCCAUCUGCUGAACCUGCCGGGGCAUGGCCACUGUGUGGUCGGGGAGAUCUAUAGUGUGGACGAGCAGAUGCUGCACUUUCUUGACGAGUUUGAAGGCUGCCCAGACACAUACCAGCGCACCCAGGUGAGGAUUGUGGUCCUGGAGUGGGAAGGCAUGCACAGCACCCCUCAGGAGUCUCCAGCUGCUGAAAGGACCCUGCAGUGCUUUGUGUACAGCACAGCCACCUACCCACCGGAGUGGGUCCACCUCCCAUACCACAACAAUUACGACUCUCGGGGGACACAUGGGCUUCGCUAUAAUCCACGGGAAAACAGAUAAAAAUUCGAGGAAUGCUCAGCAGCCAAAGAAAAAACAGAGCCCUGAUGAUUAUGAGAUUACCACAGCUUGGUCUGCACUCACUGAAUGAAAAAGCAUUAUAAUGCCCUUUGAAACAAAUAUGUGUAAAACUCUAUCUGUGGAAAAAGAAAUAAUCUUUUUAGUGGCAGCCUAUUUCCCAGAUAAUUCUGACAUACUGAUAACAACAUUGUGCCCUGAAAUCUCUCUAUCCGAUACUGCUUUAUUGCUUGCUGCCUAAAGAGCACCAUGGGCUUGAAUGCAUUGGAUAAGAAAAAUUUAGGAUUUUAAUUCCCCUAAAUGACAUGUCAAGAACUCAUAUGUUAUCACAGUUUUCUUUCUCCUUUUUUUGCUUUGCUAAAAUCUGAAGAAAACAUUUCAAAUGAAUGUAAAGACUUUGUGCUACAGCUAGAUUUUAGCAGCCCUACUCUUUUUUUCUUGGUGCUACAGGUCAGAUUCAGUAAAUUUUUUAAUCUGAUCUUGAUGUUUCAAUGUAGUAAAAGAAACUCAGGAAAGACAUGCUGUAUUUUAGAGUAGUUCUGGAGUAGAUAUAACAUUGUUCUUCACAGUUUUCUAGAUCAAGCUUAUUAAAAAGAUUAUAAUCAUUUAAAAUUAAACUAGAUGUUUUAGUCAAAUAAAGUGUUGAUGCUAUUUUGGGCCCUAUUCUUGGGCCAACGUAUUUGGUAGAAUGUGUUUUUCAUUCUAAUUUAGCAAAAUAAUGAGCACCUUACUUGCUGGCAGAGACAGUUGAUUUCAGAUGGAAGCUCACCCAAGCCCAGAGCCCAGCAGCCAGGUACUGUCCCUCCUUCCCAAAGGGAGCAGCAUUUGGGGUGACCUUUUUGGAGAAGAACCAAUGCAUUAGUAAUUUGUUCUUCAGGCUUGACAGAAAGCUUAGCUUCCUUAUAUAAACAGCACUUAAAAUAAUUUUAGCAAGGCACGAAGAACCAAUUACUACCCACCUCCAUCUGAUGAUCUGUCAGUGUAGAUUCAAGUCAGUGCAUGACUGCCUCUGCUUAUUUACUAGCAAAGUAUGAAACGUAUUCUAGGAAUUUCAGAACCAAAUGAAAAUGCAGCUGCUGAUCCUUGGUAACCUCAUUCUCCAUUGGGAGCGUUCACUUACUCUUCAACUUAAUAGUAGGUAGACUGUGAUCACUAACUGCAUCUGGCACAAAAAACAUGAUAAUUAUUUUAGCCCUUUUUUCUUAAUUGGAAACUUGCUUCACAAAGACACAGGGCAAGGAUCGGUAUCAGCUGAUGAGCGUGUAGCAGCCCCACCCACUACAAUUGGGGUGAGGGAGCCCUGUGGGAUGGGAAAGAGGGGACCACGUGAGUCAUCUCUCCCUAGGUGACAACCCCAGGGAUCCAGCAGAUCCAUACUUGCCCAUUAGAGCCACAGAUGAGGGAUUUCCAAAAUCAUCUAUGUUGAAUGGACUUAAGAAAUUACUAAUAACCACAAACAGAAGUUAGGUCCUCAACCAGGAUGAAGUAGGUAAUCAGAUUAUGAGGUAGCACAUGCUAAUUUAAUAAAACUGAAGGCAAAGAGCAGGGAUUUAUAUAAAAUUUUUAAAGGAUCACAAUGAAAUGCUAUUAUGUAAAGUCUACUGGCAAAGCCCAUAGCCUCUGAGGUACAUUGUCUUCAUUAAAAAAAAGAGAAAAAAAGGGCAAACUAAUAUUUAGACAAAUGCUCAGUUUUAUUGAUUUAACUUUGACACUAGGAAAUCUCACAGCAGAAGUACAAAUCAUAUGUACAAGUAUUUAUAUCAAUAAAAAUUUCCAUUGGUGAUUUUUUGGCAGAAUGUUGGUUUUGACUAUAUGUGGAAUAAAUAUGACCAUGUAAAA